GCCGCUCUCGGAAAGGACGAAGAUGACGCCCCCGCCGCGGCUCUCCGCACCCUGUGCGGGAAGGACUCAGGUGUGAUCACAUGGCGCGUCGAUGCUGGUAACCGGGAGAGAAAUCGAAACCGGCCCUGGGGUGCUCGGACAGCCCGUGACACCGGUGCCCGGCUUCUCCCACGCCGAGAAACUUGGAGACCGCGUUGAAAGAGGAGGAGUUCUUUGGUGGGCUUGUUCAGAGCCAGAAGGGGGGGGGGAGGCUUUCGUUGAUCAAGAUGAGGAACCGAAGGUGACGGGGGCCCUGCCCUGCCCUCUCAGCACCAAGGGGAGCUGACUAGGUGGGCCACCCCGCACAGAGCUGGGGCUGCAGGAGCCGGGAGAAAGCUCGGCCUGGCGGCCCGUCCGUUUGGGUGGCGAGAAGGACCCGGCAACAUGGCAGGGGAGCUACCUGUGGACUUGAGGACCUGGCGGAAGGGCGGUGGCCCAGGCAGAUGGGAGGGGCUGGAGGGGGAGAAGAAGGCGGAGACCUCCUUGCCCCUGCGGAAACGCCGCUACUGCGCUCCAGAGGGGGCAGGUGGGGGCGCACAGGGGGCGCUGGCUGGCAAGGUCCCCAAGACGGAGAACGGCCAAGGGGAGACCGGACUGUGGGCUUCCCACUCCAAUGGCUACUGCUCCCAUUAUAUCCCGGUUAGCUAUUCCAGUUUGCCAGCUGCGUAUUAUCCAGGCCUGGCUGCCCCCUUCCUGAGCCCUGAGCUGUCUCCUCUUUUGCACCCCGUGACCCCGCACUCGUUGGUGGGGGUCCCCACUUGUUACUCCCUGCAUUGCCCGGUCGAGGCCCAGUGGGCCUUGGACAUUGCCACGGCAACCAGACAAGAUGAAGAUGGAGACACGCCCCUCCACAUAGCUGUGGUCCAGGGCAACGUGCCGGUUGCCCAGCGUUUGAUUCUUCUCUUCCAUCAGGGACAGCGAGACCUGGACAUCUUCAACAACCUGCGGCAGACCCCCUUACACUUGGCCGUCAUCACAGCCCAACCAACCCUGGUGAAGUUGCUGAUGUCUCACGGAGCAUCACCGAUGGUGCUGGACCGCAAUGGACAGACUGCCCUGCAUCUCGCCUCUGAACACGCCAGCCUCCAUUGCCUGCAGGAGUUGCUGGAUGGGAGGCCCGGCCCGCUGGAUCUGGAGGCCCGGAAUUUCGAGGGUUUUACCUCCCUCCAUGUGGCUGUUGGAACUUCCAAUCGCGAUGUGGUUCUCACUUUGCUGGAGCACGGGGCUGAUGUGGAUGCCGUGGAUAUUAAGAGUGGACGAUCUCCCUUACUGCAUGCUGUGGAAAAUAAUAAUCUAGAGAUGGUGGAACUGCUUCUACAGCACGGAGCCAACGUAAAUGCUCAGUCGUACGGGGGCAACACGGCUCUCCAUGCAGCCAGCGGCCGCGGCCUCUUGGACACCCUGCGGCUUCUGGUGCGCAACGGGGCAGACGGCAGCCUCAAGAAUUACCACAACGACACCCCCCUGAUGGUGGCCAAGAAUAAGAGGGUUAUCGACAUCCUGAGAGGGAAAGCUUCCCGUCCCGGACCACCACCUGACAACAUCCGUGAAGGGUCGUCCCCGGCAACCAGCAACGCCAGCUCUCCUGGCAUCCGGCCUGCCCAAACUGGCUUGCUCCGAGCUUCGCCUGACUCCUACUCCACCACGCCCAGCCCAGCCCAGACCCCAAAGCCCCACCGGGCAGUGCAGUCCCCCAAGUCCACCAACCAGAAACCAGAGAGCAUUAUAGCGACCAAUGGGCUUUCAGCACCCGGCUCCUUGCACAGAGUGAAACUGGAAAGAAGCCCAACUCCGCCCACUUUGGAGCAGCCAAUGGGAUUCACGGGGCCGCCCACAUUCUUCUUGCCUGUGGCCGAGAGCAUGAUGGACCCCACCUUCCAUCACCCCGCCCUCUACCCUUUUGCGACGUCCGGCCAUAACCUCUCCUCCCAUCACCUGCAGCUGCUUCCGAUUGGCCUGAACCAUUCCGCCAUACCCCUGCCCCCCGUGUCCCUGGCCAAUCGGAUUCACCCGAGGGGCACGGAGACGGACCAACCACAGACAAUCCUGGACGCUGAGAAGCCGCCAGCUCCCGCCCGUGAAGGACAAUGGCUCCAAAGCCGCAACAGCGGGCCCGGUGGUAGCUGACAGGAGGAGAUGAAGGGACUCCCAUCAGCCUCCUGUAACCGGGAGACUGGCCAAGGAAGGCCAUAAACCAGGCAGAGUGCCAAGGAUUUUAGACUUUGCUGCUACGGAUUCCCCGGCACGUAAUCGGCACUCCUUUGCUGCUUCGGAAUCCAGAAUGCCCACACCUCCCGUGGACCCAAGUUCUUGCCCUGUGCGUUUGCGCAUAGCAACACGCCCCAAGCCUGAGAUGAUGCUUCAGGCUGUGCUAAGCCAGGGGUCUGCUGGUCUGCUUGAAUUGCCCCCCCACAACCGCAGUUCCAUCCUCUUCAGGUUUUGCUUCUUCUUAGGCCACUCCCUAGGCAGGUUUUGUCUGGAGCUGGGGGUGGGGUGCAUUUUUAGGAGAGGAAAUCGCAGCGGCGAAGUCCAUGAGCACUCUCUUCCCUCCGCCCCCUCAGCAACGUUGCACUGGCAGCGGUUGGUCGCGCAGCAAGCGGUGGUGGUGCUAUGUCUCCCUCCAGUGGAGGAGUGUUGAAUUGCAUGCCGCUUCGCCAAAUUGUGCCAUCACCUGAGAUAAACCAGCCCUUUCAACAUGGAGGAAUUCUUAAGAGCAAGGAAACACGGAUUUCACCCCCUUUCUCCCCCUCCCUCCCUGCCUGCCUGCCCUAACAUUGCCAGUUUUCCCGGUGAUUACAAAAUCAUACAUUUCAGGAAGUGCAAAGUGAAUUGGUGUGGCGGUGAUGCAGGGCAGCUGGAGGGCGAAAAUGCCACUAGGUGGCCGGGGGUGGGAACUUGGGGGUUUUCUGAAAGCCUGAGCAAGCCAAGUGGAAUGUUGGGUAGAUUUGUAAGGAUUUGCAAUUUCAGAAAUUCCCUGGCCAAUGUCCUCAUCAUUAGAGGAAGUUGUAGAGGUAGAAAUGAUUAGUCAGUGCGGCGAGAGGGUUACAGGGGAGUAUGAAAUGUGUCCUUCAAAAGGGGAGGGAGGUUAGUCCUAGUUAAUUGAUCUGUUGCGUGUGGAACCUCCUCCUCUUCCUCUUCCUCCUCCUGAUCCAGCUUAGGAAUGGGAGUCGAGCCGGAAAAGACUGUCACAGGAGUGGUAAUUUCCCCUUAAAAUCCCCUCCUUUGACACCCGCCUCUUCAGCACAAGACAGUUUGCCCUGCUUUCCACUCAGGGACGGGAGGGUGUGUAGCUCCGUGCUAGAGCACAUGCUUUACAGGCAAAAGGUUGUAGGUUCAAUCCCCGGCACGUCCACAUAAGGCUGAGACGGAAAGAAUCUUGCCUAAAACCCAGAAGAGCACAGCUGCCAGCCAGCUUUCCCCAACCUGGUACCGUCUGGGUGUUUUGCACUACAGUGACCAGCAUUCCUGACCAUUGGGUGCUGUAAUCCAAAACAUCUGGAAAGCACCACGCAGGGGCAGUGGAGGCUGAUGGCUCCGAUGUCAGGGGGCAGUGAAUCCGCUCCGGGUUUCAGGCAGAACCAGUCAGAACUCUGCAGGUGCUAUCCAUGGAGCUCUCCGCACCUUGGAUAGCGCUUUUAGAGUUCUGACUGAAACCCGGAGCGGAUUCAUCACCCCACUGACCUCGGAGCCACCAGACCCCGCUGCAAAGGAGAACGCUGCGCUAAACCAUAAUCCACAAGAAUUGGAGGGUACCCGAUUGCAGAAGGCUGGUGUAAAUGAUAUUGCUCUACACCAAGCAGGAUAUGACACUUUGAAAAUGUUUUGAAAACUGUUUAUGGACCUCAACAGUUGUCACUACUGUUAUAAACUUUUAAAGCAGUAGUGUAGAUCUUGCCUAGAUGCUCUGUCUCAGUAGAAGGCGGGUUCCAAGUUCCACUUCACUGUCAUUGAUCCAUUCUUCCCUCCCUUCCAUUCCAUUGGAUCAUCCUUCCAUUCUCCCCUCCCUAAUAACAGGAACGGUAUCUCUGGGGUCCCUCUCCCCCCACCCCCAAAUUUUCUUGCCAGACAUUCUUUCUCUGCUUUUAAGGACAACCAUACUUGAAAAGUAGCACCCUCUAAUCAUCCCACGGUAGAAAAAAUCGGAUGCGGAGGGGUCUCUUUUUUUUUCCCCCUUCCUAAUUUGUCAAUAAAGUAUUUUUCUACUU